GCCCGGCACGGGGAGCAGCCCGAGUCCGAGCGCGGAGAGCGCACGGGGCGCGCCAUGGAGCCCGAGCCAGUGGAGGACUGUGUGCAGAACACGCUCUCAGCCCUGUACCCACCCUUUGUGGCCACAGCACCCACGCUGCUGGGGCAGGUGUUCGAGGUAGUGGAGCGGACGUACCGGGAGGAUGCCCUGCGCUACACCAUUGAGUUCCUCAUACCUGCCAAGCACAUCCUGGCACGCAUUCAACAGGAGGCCUGUGCCCAGUACAGCGGGUUUGUGUUCUAUCAUGAGGGCUGGCCGCUCUGUCUGCACGAGAAGGUGGUGGUGCAGCUCAGCUCCCUGCCCUGGCAGCAGCUGUGUCCUGGUGACUUCUACCUGCAGGUGACCCCCUACCUGUCCCGCGCCCCCCGCCUGGUGCUCAAGUGCCUGUCGCCAGACGGGCGCAGCGUGCAGGAGCUGCCGGUGCUGCCUGACGCCUACCCCUUCCUCUUCACUGCUGAGUGGCUGAACGGCAUCAACAAAGACCGGCGGGCCGGGCGGCUGGAGCAUUGCCUGCUGGCAGCUGAAGAGCGGAUUCUGCGCCUGCCCUGGACUGAACUCAUCUGCCCGCAGUUCGUGCACCAGGGCAGCUUCAUGGUGGGGCGGCGUUGCCUGCCGGGACCCAGCCCUGAGGUGCUGGGGGCUCGCAGCCCUGGGGACGGGCGCCACUCAGGCGGGGAGAGCCAGGAGGCAGAGGGUGGGGGCCUGGAGGGGGAGUACGUGCAGCUCCUGGAAAUCAGCCCGCCCCGGCACAACGCCCCCUCAACCCCAGUGUCCCCCAGUUCCCAGAGCCGUACCCUGCCUACCCGCAAGGGCCAGGGCAAGGGCCGCAACCGGCGCCACCGUGCCUGGCUACACCACAAGCCCAGCCGGGAGGAGACUCUGCCCAGGAACCGGCCCCGCAGAACCUGGGAAGGGGGGCGGCCAGGGGCGGAUCCCGGCCAAGCAGGGCUCCUUCGGGGCUGGGACCUACAGAGGCCAUACGGGGAGACUGGAGGGCUGAGGGCCAGCCAGGGGGAUGGGCAGGAUCGGGGAGGCCCUGUACACAAAGUGGCAGCACAGAGUCAGGGCAAAGAG